AAAGAAGUGUCUAAACAGGUAUAAAAAAGCUGAGUCUUUCCAGAAAGUCAAUUCAGCCUUUAAAUCUUUGAGCUCUGUUGACAUGCAAAUAUCAGAUACUGUCAGACGACAAGACCUGUAUCAGUUAUCUAACAAAGGAAUGACAAGCUCUCUCCCCUAACUGCGCAGUCUGGGAAGAUCGUGAUAUAUGAUCUAGUGUCUAUUACAGCUCUGAACGGGAGCCAUCUUUCCAGUGUGAUAGUUUAUUGACCCUGGAAGUCAGUUAUAUAGAUAAGCCAGGCAGGGGCACUCAGACAGCAUGAUCGCCGGCUGACAGAAGAGCAAGCAUGAGCCUGGAACACACAGGAAGCCAAGGCACAGGAGCCAGGGACCAAGUGACACCGCCCCAGUGGUCCCAGAGUGCCCCAGCCCUGCCAGAGGGCACCAAGGAGCCCCGGUGUCUGAGGCCUGCGGACGUGGAGAUGUGCCAGUCCGUUCUGCCCUGCCACGCCAAUCACAGGGGCGAGCUGGGGGCUGGACAGCUCCUGAAGUGGAUUGACACCACAGCGUGCCUGGCAGCGGAGAAGCAUGCUGGAGUGCCUUGUGUUACGGCUUCGAUGGAUGACAUACAGUUUGAAGAAACCGUGAGAGUUGGGCAGAUUAUCAAUGUUAAAGCCAAAGUGAACAGAGCUUUCAACAGCAGUAUGGAGGUUGGCAUAAGGGUGUCUGUACAGGAUGUCCAGACUGGCAUUCUGAAGCAGGUCUGCGUGGCAUAUUCAACGUUCGUGGUGAAGCCAGUUGGAUCCCAGAAGGUGAGACAGCCAAAUGCAGCUAACAGAAAAGACAGCACGCUGAAAUCAACAGAGAGCACUAAAGUAGAGAGCAUCGAGCUCGUCCUGCCACCACAUGCUAAUCACCAUGGCAACACUUUUGGUGGGCAAAUUAUGGCCUGGAUGGAGAAUGCAGCUACUGUCGCAGCAAGCCGCCUGUGUGGUUAUCCCACCCUCAAGUCAGUCGAUAUGUUCAAGUUUAGAGGCCCUUCCAAUGUGGGCGACCGACUGGUGUUCAAGGCUGUUGUUAACAACACCUUCCAGAAGAGGUAUGCUAACCCUAACCCUAACACUACACCUUCCAGAAGAGUUGAUGGGGAGAGACGAUAUCUGGCAGCAAUUGUACGGAAAAGAAUCCGUCUGGCCAGAAAGCACAUCUUAUCACACAAAGAAGAAGAGUCACUCUCUGUUCCCUGGGACAAAAAUAAUCAGGUGUAUCUGGGCUACAAGAAUGUUGCUGCUCUCACUGUUCUGGCAGGAAAGCAGGAGUGGGAAAUCAGCAGUUUGCAGCCCAAGAUCCGAAUCUUCACGAACGAGGAGGAGGAGAUGCUGUCUGUUAAAGUAGAGAUGGAGGUGAUGGCUCCUGUGUCCCAGACCUUCUCUGUGCUCUCAGACCUCCAGCUCCGGCCCACUUGGGACAGGCACUACGCGAGUUGUGAAGAAGUGGAGACUGCUGGUGAUGACGAGAAAGUGUAUCAUAUUAAAUGCCCCUCAGUGAACAGUGACAGAGGCAGAGACUUUGUGGUACUGAUGUCCAGAAGACAGCCAUGCAAAGAGGGGGAACCCUACAUCAUCGCUCUGCGGUCCGUCACUGUGGCAGCUGUGCCUCCGCUGGCUGAUCACACCCGCAGUGAAGCUCUGUGCGCAGGGUUCCUCAUCAACAGCACUGGCUGCAGCUCCUGCAAGGUCUCGUACUUCAACCAAGUGACAUCUGGGGUUUUACCAUACAUCGCUGGAAACUUGGCUGGCUGGUCGAAGUCUCUGGAAGAAACAGCAUCUUCAUGCAUUGAAUUUCUAGAAAAUAGUAUUAAGAGCACCAGGUUCUGAGGCAGGCUUUAAUUCCUUUUCAUGCUUUUGGUCUGUGGCUUUCAAAGCCCACACUGCUCCUCUGGCUCCCUCUCAGUGCUUGUGGUGUGGCAUCAACAGCUACAGUACAUCACUGUGUCCAAAAAUCACGCCUCUGUGUAUCAGGGAUUGAAACAUGUGGAAAGACAGCGCUGUAAUGGAAAAGUAUCGAUGGCCAUCCUGUUUGUAUAGUCCCUGCAGCAGAAAACCACACAAAGCUUUAAAUGUGCGCGGCGGGGGUGUUCUCCACUUCGUCGGACUGCGAGAGCUCUUUUCUUGUCAAAACAUUUCAUGGGCACACUGUGGUCCAUUACCCAAGUGCUCUGUGACUACUUCUCUGUUAGAACCACACAUCUUCUUAAAAAAAAAAAUGUGAUUUCAACAUGCAGUAAAUGGAAUAGUUUGCUUUCUGUAGGAGAGGAGCAGCUGGGUCCUUUGGUAGCUACCAGGGUAAGCUGCACUUGUAGCAAAUGGAACUGCUUUUCUGGAACAUUAGGACACUAAAAACAUGCAGCUUUUGGAAAAGCACAAAACAUUUGACUACGUAAGAAUCCCAGCAAUGCAACAAUGACUCAGUCUGUCCCUCUCUUAAAGCAUGUGUAUUUUUGAAUACUAGUGUAUAACCAUCAGGCAGCUACCCUAGCACAGGCUUACUACCAUGACACACAGAUAAGAUUAGCUCUGUUUUGGUCUCUUUUGUUUUGGGUCAACAGACAAGCGGGGGUAGCCUUAUAGGAAGCUAUUUCAUAUAUACUUGCAAUAAUACUUUGGAUGGCACUGGCAGAUAUACUUUACUGUAGUCAUCUGUUUAAGAGAUGCUCUGUUGUUUCAGGCUUACUUUUGCAAUAGCCCCAGGAACAGCUUUACACAUAAGUUGGAAUUUAAGGUGCUACUCCAAUUCCAUCGGAGAGGCACCUCGGCUUCAGGUCCGCAGACAAUAUCAAGCUGAAUCUGAAUACGCUUUAAAGAAUCCCUACUGCUGAUGAUGUGAUAUGUAUUUAUGAAACGCAUUGUGUGGGGAUGUAGUUUAAGGUAUUGGUCAUUUAAGGCCACAACCAACAUUAAGCUAUGUCUAAUAUGUGCAGUUUUCAGCGCUGCUCAAAUGCGAGCCUUACUGAAUUACAUCUUGAUAAUGUCACUUGUACCAUACAGGAUAACACCAAAAUGCAAAACAAAAUGAAGACUGUUCAAAUACAGAUACAAUAUAUGGGUAUAAGACUACUUCCCCACUGGAAGGAAGUUGGAAAUAUGGAAAUGUGUACAGACCAAAACCCAUGAGCUUCUGGCUUUUACUAACGACAUGUUCCCUGGCAGUGUAUAAAAGCCCUCAGAUACACAUUUUGCCUACAUGACAUUGGAUUUCAGCCAUACCUUUAAAAACGUUAUUACUAAUUCCGAUUAUUUUUUUCCUUAUAUAAAUGUCUUAUAUGUUAAUAUUUGUUUAGAAUACAAAAUUGUAAUGUUCCUCCAUCGAUUGAUCAGAAUGAUAAAAAAUUAAAUAUACAAUCAUUCACCUUU